AUGAAAUUACUGAAAGAAGUGCUUUCUUCAAUAGUAUUAGCGUUAUUGAUUAAUCCUAUCGAGUCCCUGAUUGUAAAUACCAACGGAGAAUUAAUCUGCGCACCAAAUAACCCUACCGAUUGUUACCCCAAAAUCUUUGAACCAACUACUGAGUGGCAAAUUAUUAGAGAAGGACAAGAUAUUCCAGCAGGAUUACACGUGAGAUUAAACAUGGAAACUUCAGCUAGAGAGGCUAAAAUCUUGGAUCCAUCUGAAGAGACUGAGGGAUCUAGCGAGUUGAUGGUGAAUGCAGAACAUAAUAACGAUAAUAGCGAUAACGUCGACUUGAGCAAUGAAGACCAGGCAAACGAAAUUCAACAAAAAAUAAAAGAGUUUAAGCAAGCACAGGGUAAAUCUAAAGUUUCUACUGGUGACUUGAAUGAUUUCCUGUCUUCGGUAGACGAAGUCCAACAGUAUCUCCAAGGAGGUGAUGCAAGCAGAUUGUCCACUGCCCUUGAUACGUUGAUUGAAUUAAGCCAUGAUCUCGAAUUCGGUGUCAAAUUGACCCAAGAUUCGUCAGUUUUCCGCAGCCUUUUUGAUGUCAGCAAGUUAGUACAAGACAAAGAAUUACAGGAAAAGGUAUAUAGAAUUAUGGGAUCAAGCUUAAGAAAUAAUCCAGAUGCCGUGACCAAUGUUUUAAAUAACCAGGAUGCAAGGUUUGUGCAAGGCUUGUUUGAUAAGUUAAAUUCUGAUGCAUCAGAUGUGAUCAAGAAGCGCAUCUUAGGAAUAAUCCAUGCUCUCACGCAAAAUAGCCAUUUCAAUGCCAAAUAUUUUAACUCCAAUAAUGAAAAUUCAGCAAUCGAUUCGCUUGUUGCGGUGUUCCCAUCGUUGGAAUCACAGUCCCAAACUAGACUAAUGAACAUUUUCGAGGACUUGAAGUUACUUGAUGGGGCCAAAUCUAAUGAGAAGAGGGCUAUUGAAGAGUCGACUGACCCCAAAAGUCAGUAUUCACAUUUCUUGCAGCAACUGUUAUCUAAUAAUGGAGUUACGUCGGAAAAUCAAUUCAAAUUAUAUUUCAAUAAAUUGAGUGAAGUUCAUUCUCAAGAUAAGUCAUUAAAGCCUUCAAAAGAAUUCAUGGAAUGGUUAUCGAAGGAAGCCGAGUUAAGGUCGAAAGGCAAUCAUGAAAGAGAUUCAUCAUAUACCGAAGAGGAUAAGCAAUUUGACCAGGACCUAUUAAGGGCUAGGCAUGUCGUAUUCGGCAAUCCUAUGGGAUUACGCAAGGCUUUGGCCGACGAGUUAUAA